AUGGACUGUGGAGAGCACCAGCAGACGUUUUUGAAUCAGCUGAGAGAAAUCACAGGGAUUACUGACACCCAGAUUCUGCAGCAAGCCUUGAAGGAUAGUAAUGGAAACUUGGAAUUAGCAGUGGCUUUCCUUACUGCGAAGAAUGCUAAGACCCCUCAGCAGGAGGAGACAACUUAUUACCAAACAGCACUACCUGGCAACGAUAGAUACAUCAGUGUGGGAAGUCAAGCAGAUACAAAUGUCAUUGAUCUCACAGGAGAUGAUAAAGAUGAUCUUCAGAGAGCAAUUGCCUUGAGUUUGGCGGAAUCAAACAGGGCAUUCCGGGAGACUGGGAUAACUGAUGAGGAACAAGCCAUUAGCAGAGUUCUUGAGGCUAGCAUAGCAGAAAAUAAAGCAUGUUUGAAGAGGACACCUACGGAAGUUUGGAAGGAUUCUCGAAACCCUUAUGAUAGAAAAAGACAGGACAAAGCUCCUGUUGGGCUAAAGAAUGUUGGCAAUACUUGCUGGUUUAGUGCUGUUAUUCAGUCAUUAUUCAAUCUUUUGGAAUUUAGAAGAUUAGUUUUGAAUUACAAGCCUCCAGCAAAUGCUCAAGAUUUACCCCGAAACCAAAAGGAACAUCGGAAUUUGCCUUUUAUGCGUGAGCUGAGGUAUCUAUUUGCACUUCUUGUUGGUACCAAAAGGAAAUAUGUUGAUCCAUCACGAGCAGUUGAAAUUCUUAAGGAUGCUUUCAAAUCAAAUGACUCACAGCAGCAAGACGUGAGUGAGUUUACGCACAAAUUAUUAGAUUGGUUAGAAGAUGCCUUCCAAAUGAAAGCAGAAGAAGAGACAGAUGAAGAGAAGCCAAAGAACCCCAUGGUAGAGUUGUUUUAUGGAAGAUUUCUAGCUGUGGGGGUGCUUGAAGGCAAACAAUUUGAAAACACUGAAAUGUUUGGUCAGUACCCACUUCAGGUCAAUGGGUUCAAAGAUCUGCAUGAGUGCCUAGAAGCUGCAAUGAUUGAAGGAGAAAUAGAGUCUUUACAUUCAGAGAAUUCAGGAAAAUCAGGCCAAGAGCAUUGGUUUACUGAAUUACCACCUGUGUUAACAUUUGAAUUGUCAAGAUUUGAAUUUAAUCAGGCUUUGGGAAGACCAGAAAAAAUUCACAACAAAUUAGAAUUUCCUCAAGUUUUAUAUUUGGACAGAUAUAUGCAUAGAAACAGAGAAAUAACAAGAAUUAAAAGAGAUGAGAUCAAGAGACUUAAAGAUUACCUCACAGUAUUACAACAAAGACUGGAAAGAUAUUUAAGCUAUGGUUCGGGUCCUAAACGAUUCCCCUUGGUAGAUGUUCUUCAGUAUGCCUUGGAAUUUGCUUCAAGUAAACCUGUUUGCACUUCUCCUGUUGAUGAUAUUGAUGCUAGUUCCCCACCUGGUGGUUCCAUACCAUCACAGACAUUACCAAGCACAACAGAACAACAGGGAAUUCCUUCUUCAGAACUGCCAAGCACAUCACCUGCACCAAUUGGUACUGUUUCAUCGAGAUCCAUGAUACACAAACCAUUCACUCAGUCCCGGAUACCUCCAGAUUUGCCCAUGCAUCCAGCACCAAGGCACAUAACAGAAGAAGAACUUUCUGUGCUAGAAAGCUGUUUACAUCGUUGGAGGACAGAAAUAGAAAAUGACACCAGAGAUUUACAGGAAAGCAUAUCCAGAAUCCAUCGAACAAUUGAACUAAUGUACUCUGACAAAACUAUGAUCCAAGUUCCUUAUCGCUUGCAUGCUGUUUUAGUUCACGAAGGCCAAGCCAAUGCUGGGCACUAUUGGGCAUACAUUUUUGACCAUCGUGAAAGCAGGUGGAUGAAGUACAAUGAUAUUGCUGUGACAAAAUCAUCAUGGGAAGAGCUAGUAAGGGACUCUUUUGGUGGUUAUAGAAAUGCCAGUGCAUACUGUUUAAUGUACAUAAAUGAUAAAGCACAAUUCUUAAUACAAGAGGAGUUUAAUAAAGAAACUGGACAGGCCCUUGUUGGAAUGGAAACGUUACCACCAGACUUAAGAGAUUUUGUUGAGGAAGAUAACCAACGAUUUGAAAGAGAAUUAGAAGAAUGGGAUGCACAACUUGCCCAGAGAGCUUUGCAGGAAAAGCUUUUAGCAUCUCAGAAACUGAGGGAGUUAGAGUCUUCUGCAACAACAGCACCACAAGCAGGAGAACCAGAAUAUCUAGAGCAGCCAUCAAGAAGUGAUUUCUCAAAGCACUUGAAAGAAGAAACUAUUCGAGUAAUUACCAAGGCAUCACAUGAGCAUGAAGAUAAAAGUCCUGAAACAGUUUUGCAGUCGAAACCUGAAAAUACCACAAGCCAACCACCUUCUAAUCAGCAAGUUAUAGAGGUCGCGAUUCCUCAUGUAGGGAAAUUUAUGAUUGACUCAAAGGAGGGGGGGUAUGAUGAUGAGAUCAUGAUGACACCGAAUAUGCAAGGUAUUAUCAUGGCAAUAGGUAAAUCCAGGAAUGUAUAUGACAGAUGUGGUCCUGAAGCAGGGUUCUUUAAGGUACAAUUAACAUUUCUGUUUUCCUUUUUUUGA